GCCGAGGCCAGUGAGCUAGCACAAGCAAAAAGAAAAGCGUGAGCAUGAGCAGCGACCGCAACUGCUACGUUACCUUUGACGAGAUAACCGCGCGCCAAGCUGCGCCACUCCGGCGUCCUAAUGCUUGUGACUCUCAGCUGGUGUAUACGGCUGUUAGAGGCUGGGCUGGCGCAGACUGGCCGCAGACUACCAAGCAAGCGAAGGCUGCGAUGCGUUGUGAUAACGCGAACCCCAAGAGACCCACCUGGAACACAGCCAGGCAUCCGCGGAAAGUACAGAGACGUGCCAGGAUAAGCGCUGACUUAUCGCAGCGCAGUGGAGAUAAGUCUAGUUAUUGCGACGUAACUGCCGUGUUGCGUUAGAGUCACGCACGGCGCAGGACGCUCGGGUACGUGCCUGUGCAUGGGGCCGAACCGAGCUGGGUCUUGUACGCGUCAGGAGCACACGGCGCCUUAUCUGCCGUUGUGCUUCUGUACUGUAUUUCGGAUCGUCCCUCUGCCGGGACGGUGACCUCAGUGUGUCGCACUUAAACGUUCCCUACAUUUCUGGACUUUCUUUGCAAUCCUAUACCUGGUUCUAACUAUACUUGACCAUGUAUGGACCGAAUAAGCGUUUAAUAUAUACUCAGACGGAGUUGCAGCGUUUUGUUGCGCGAUCCUGCUCAAUGGAACCCCUUAGCUUGAUCACGCUCGCUCUCUGAUCGUAAGGGAAUGCCCUUCGAAGCUUCUCUGGCGCUUUGAACCACGCUUUGGUUCGGGGGCCGCAUUCGGGAGCAAAUCGGAGCAGAGCGGAGCUUUCAAGCGGAGCAAAGGCGCGCGAAGCGUUGCGGACAAGGCGUUCGGCAAGUCACUGAAAGCAAAAGGGCAUGCACAGCUGUGCGGGCGGGCUACUUGCUUGCCAUGCGCGGUCCUGCUUGCCGUGCCUUCGUGUCUACCCGUCGCUUUACAGUUCACAGCUUUGUGCAAUACCUUUCCACAUCUUCCAUUGUGCCACCCCCACCUCCCCAAGACCCUCAGGACUUUUGGCGCGGUACUUCUCCUGUCUGCCUAUCCAGGCCGCAGGGCCCGCGUGCCCUUGGGGAAGGGGCGUGUGUGCCGUUGGGAUCCGGCCUGUGCGCCGCAAGCAACGGGCUUUGCGCCCUUGCCUUAUGGACAAUGGACGGCAUACGUGCCCUUAUGAUACGGCCUGUGUGCCGCAAGCAAUGGGCUCCGCGCCCUUGCUUUAUGGACAAUGGACGGCAUACGUGCCCUUAUGAUACGGCCUGUGCGCCGCAAGCAACGGGCUCCGCGCCCUUGCUUUAUGGACAAUGGACGGCAUACGUGCCCUUAUGAUACGGCCUGUGUGCCGCAAGCAACGGGCUCCGCGCCCUUGCUUUAUGGACAAUGGACGGCAUACGUGCCCCUAUGAUACGGCCUGUGCGCCGCUAGCAACGGGCUCCGCGCCCUUGCUUUAUGGACAAUGGACGGCAUACGUGCCCUUAUGAUACGGCCUGUGCGCCGCAAGCAAUGGGCUCCGUGCCCUUGCUUUAUGGACAAUGGACGGCAUACGUGCCCCUAUGAUACGGCCUGUGCGCCGCAAGCAACGGGCUCCGCGCCCUGGCUUCAUGGACAAUUUACGGCGUACGUGCCCUCAUGAUACAGCCUGUGCGCCGCAGGCAACGGGCUCCGCGCCCUUGCUCCAUGGACACUUCACGGCGUACGUGCCCUCAUGAUACGGCCUGUGUGCCGCAGGCAACGGGCUCCGCGCCCUUGCUUCAUGGACAAUGCGCCGCGUACGUGUUCUUAUGAUACGGCCUGUGCGCCGCAAGCAACGGGCUCCGCACCCUUGUUUUAUGGACAAUUCACGGCAUACGUGCCCGUAUGAUGUGACCUGUGUGCCGCAAGCAACGGCUUCGCACCCUUGCUUUUGGGUAAUAGAUGGCAUACGUGCCCUUAUGAUACGACCUGUGUGCCGCAAGCAACGGGCUCCACACUCUUGCGUUGUGGAUUAUAGACGGCAUUGAAAUGCUUACGUGCCUUCGUUGUACAUGCCUUUGCGUUGUGGACAAUGUGUGGUCUGAGCGCCACGUUCGGAUACGGCGUGUGUGCCGCCAGCAACAGGCUUUGCGCCUCGCAUCAUGUGUCUUGCGAUAUGGCCUGUGUGCCGCAUGCAAUUAUGCUGCCUGCCCUGUCGUUAUGGACGCUUCGACUUGUUGCGUGCCCUGCUGCGUGCCCUGUCGCAAUACGCCUUGAGUGUACCGUGCACGGCAAGCCUGCGCCUCGCUAUUGCUUCGUGUUGACAACGGAGCGGGCUUACGUGAUCAUGCGUCACCCUGUACGUCUUGAGGUCCGCACGCACAUCAUACUAUCAC